AGGACAUCACCCACAUAACCUUCUCCAAUGGACCCGGGUGCAGCAUCAUGUUUUAAUCUCAACAACGGCUAAGCAAGCCGGAUUAGGCAGUUCGCGUUGACCGCCAAGCUACCAGUAACUGAAGUUGCACACCUUCUGAGCAAGUCAACCAUAAGAAUGAGUGGCUAGGGUAGGACCAGAGGUACUUAAGAGGCUUUGCCCUCCUUAGGGUACGAUCUCCCGCUCUCGCAACUGGUGCCAUUCGCUUUGUAGAUUUACCGUUCUGUCAUUCUCUCGUUCAGAAUGCGUUGGAUCGUCUCUACCCUCGUCGGGCUCGCUGCUCUAGCUUCUGCCUUCCCAGCACACACGGUCCAGCGUGCCACCCAUCAACACGACUUCGGAUGUAGCACCGAGCCCUCGGACGCUUUCCUGGCAGUGGCCAAGGAGAUGAGUCGCCAGGAGCGCGGGUUCGGCAGGCUUUCCGCUGCCAACGCAACCAUUAAGGUCCAGACGUACUUCCACGUCGUCGCCGCUAGCGAGGCUCUGGAAGAUGGAUAUGUCACCGACACCAUGCUAGCGGACCAACUCACGGUCAUGAACAGCAACUACGCUCCCUACGGCAUCUCCUUCAGCCUGGCUGGAACCGACAAAACUGUCGACGCUAGCUGGGCGGUUGAUGGGGCCGAACUAGCAAUGAAGAAGAAGCUCCGCAAAGGCGACUACAAGGCCUUGAAUGUCUACUUCCAGAAAGAAAUUGGUGGCAAUUUAGGGUACUGCUACUUCCCAGACAGUGUCUCGACUGGCUCAGACGACUUCUACUACGACGGAUGCAGCAUUUUGUUUACCUCCCUCCCCGGUGGUAGUGCUACCAAUUACAACGAGGGCAAGACCGUGACCCACGAGGUCGGUCAUUGGUUUGGCCUCUUCCACACUUUCCAGGGCAACAGCUGCUCUGGCGAUGGUGACUCAAUCGCGGACACCCCCCAGCAGCUCAACGCUACCCGCGGCUGCCCCGUUGGCCGUGAUUCGUGCCCUGGUGUUGCGGGUCCUGAUCCGAUCCACAAUUACAUGGAUUACUCUUAUGAUGCCUGCUACGAGGAGUUCACCCCCAACCAGGUUACCCGCGCAUACAACAUGUUCAACAAGUUCCGCGUUAAUGGCCCGGUGGCGUCCAUGGCCCGGAGAGCGCCGAUUGAUCUUGAUGUUUCGUUGGCUGAGAUUGAGGCUGGUAAGCUUGAUUAGACAUCUAGCGAAGCGAAUAGGACUUGCAUUUGCAUCUGUGAGGAGUUGCCGGAGGCAUGGUGGGGCGACGAUACUGAAGACAAGCUCUAAGUUCUGUGCACAUUUCACCCUGUAUCGUUCAUAGUGGAAUGAAUGAUUAUAUUCCUCUCUGAGAUGGUUGCCGAAAUGUAACGCCGCAGUGAUAGCUACACAGCAGGUAGGGGCCUCCCUUAAAUAUUAAGCAGCACUGCAUCAAUCCAUACGAAGCUCUGUUUUAAGAUAGUUACAUAUU